AGUUCGACAAUGAAAAGCUCCGUCUUUUAGGUUAGAAUUUGAAAUUGUAGUAACCAAAGCGGCAAUGACGUCGGAGCUAACUGAUACCGACAGGAUAAGUACUUUACCGGAUUCUCUACUGUGCCACAUCCUAUCAUUCCUCCCCACCAAAACCGCCGUGGCUUCCAGUCUCGUGUCUCGCAGGUGGCGUCACCUUUGGGAGCAUCUCCAGGUCUACGACUUCUCCGACGACUCCAAAUGUAACUGCGAAAACCCUAAAAACUUCGAAAAGUUUGCAUUUUUUGUGAACUCCAUGCUCUCCAUCCGCAAAUCCCGCGACAUUCGAAAGUUCAAUCUCACCUGCUGCAUCUCCGAUGAUAACAACUUUCCCGAAGAUUCCGUCUACGCGUGGGUCCGUGCCGCCAUUGGGCACCGCCUUGAAGAACUCUCUCUUGCUAUAUCCAACUGCCAUGGAGACCGACUCGUGUUCCUUCCUUCUUCCCUCCUGAAUUGUACCAAUCUCGUUUCCCUCAGUUUUGUUGGUGAUAUUCACAUUAAUUUUCAACCUUCUUCAAUUCAUUUUCCAUCAUUGAAGAUGUUAAAACUUGGCUCAUGUGUUGUGGAAGUCGACAUAGACAUUGCGGAACUCGGCAAAUACAAUGUGGAUUCAAUACUUAUCUUUCUCUCUGGCUGCCCUGUACUUGAAACCCUAGAUACUUACUUUGAUCCUUCAUUCUUGACCAAUGUUUCAGUACCACCUUCCUCCAAGAGGUUGAAAUUAACCGGCGUGAAUUUCUCUUGGACUUGUCUUGAAAUAGAUGAAGUAUGGUUUGAUGUAGAGUUUGAUAAAACUACAUUGGGCAUCAUUGGCAACUAUCAGAGUAUGGAGGAAGCAUAUCUUGACUACCUUUCCUUGCGUAAAAGUGAAUUUGUUGAUCCAGUGCUCAACCACCUCCGAGAUCAAAAUCGUGAUUUACAUCUACUUUUGCGUCAUUCCACAUCAAAGAAGCCCUGGCCACUUUGCACCCCCACUCUAAAUUAUCCAGAAUUUUGCAAUUUAGAUCAUCUAAAGUUCAUUCUUCCUCCUUCAACCUCUUUCAAUGCAAGUCUAAUGCUCAACGUGCUUGAGAAAUGUCCUAUGCUUCAAGUUUUUGUAAUUCAGUGUAGCAAGGAGGAACCAUCAUCACCUUUGAAAACAUGGGAGCCAAAGUCAACAACAGUUCCCCAAUGUCUCAAAUCUAACCUUACCUAUAUUCACAUAGAAGGAUACCAAGGAUUUGAAGACGAGUUGGAAUUUGCUGAAUAUAUUUUGCGCAAUGGACUUGUUUUGCACUCGGUGCUUAUAUUUUUUGAUACUUCUAUGGACUUAACACACAAGUAUUAUUGUCAUAAAAGAUUAACUGAUAUACCAAGGGGCUCUGUCGCAUGCCAACUUAAGUUUGACUCAUCCGUGUCUCCUUAAGUGUGCCUUCGGAGUUCUUGAUUUUUGAAGCUGACAGAAUCAUGUUUGGUCAAAUGCUUGGAGUUUCAUUAGAAGGAUGACAGAAAUCAAACCAUAUUAAUAUGUAUUUUUCAUUUCAGUAAGCUUACAAGUCUCUCGGAAUUAGUAUCUUUUGCUUGGUGCUUAUCAAGACAUGGUACUCAAGGUCACAAUUAUGGAAAUACGGCUAGUUGGCUUAAGUAAUGUUGUUGAUUUUUUCUGUUUAGAGGAAAGUCAUCGGAAACCCCUCUUAUUUAAAUGAUGCUUUGGAGCUACAUGCUUAGAAUGACUUAGGGAUGUCAACGGGGCGAGGACGGGGAAUACAUUCCCCAUCACAAUCCCCGCCCUCGAAUAUAUUCCCCAUCCCCGCUUCGGAUCCCCGCUACGGGGAGCUUUUGUCCCUCAUCCCCAUCCCCACGGAUCCCCGCGGGUCCCCACGGAUCCCCAAGGUUUAUAAACAUGAUUUUUUAUUUUAAACAAAAUUAAUAGUAAAAAGCUUCAAAAACUAACCACAAGAAAUUUAAAAAUUAUUCCUCUAUGAUAAAUAUAUUGUUUUAAAUUUAGAUCUCGCUCUUUUACCAACAAUACAUAUAUAUUUUAAAUUUGUGUAUAAGAUUAAUUAUAAGAAAUGACAAAUAAACUUACAUAAUAAUUUAAAAUUAUAUAUUAAUCAAGGACAUUGUGCUAUUUUAUGCAGGGCGGAGGAUAUUUACGCCACCCCUAUCCCCGAAGUGUCUUCGGGGAGACUUUGUUCCCCAUCCCCGUCCUCGCGGGGGUAAAUUUCUCCGUCUUUGGGUCCCCAAACGGGGAAUCUUCAUGGGAAUCCCCGCUAACGGAGGCAAGUUGACAUCCCUAGAAUGACUAUACUUAGUAAUGUCACAACCCAAUAUAAACUCUGAUAAUUGAGAUAAAUUAGUCAAAUAUUUAUUACCACAUAUUAUAUGGUAGGAAUCAUUUGGUUUUUGAAAAGUAUUGAAGCUAUUUAGUUUUUGUCCUUGUGAUUUUGGGGCAUAUCAGGGUAUGCUGCAUGUUUUUAUCAGAAGAACUAGUCAGAGACCCGUGCUGUCGCACGGGUGCAUUAUUUAUGGUGUAGUAUUUUUUGAAUGAUACAAAAAAUAUGAAGUAAAGAAAUUUGACCAAAUUGCAUUUAUAAAAUAGAAUUUAAUGAUCUAAAAAAAAUUUUACUAAGAAGAUAUUAAUAAUAUGAAAAUUAGGUUAUAAGUUAAAAUAAUAUUCACAAGAAAGAUUUAAGAUAGGCCAAGAACACA